AUGUCCCUGAUACCCCGUUCUGCUACCUGCCCCUCCUUCGGCGGGACCAGCCGCAGCAGCCCCUUCACCGGCGGGCUGUCCUUCCUGGCAUCCCGCGGUCAAUCCAGCGAUGGACUGGGCUGCUCCUCCCGCACCCCCAGCAGCAGCGGUCUGACGCACAGCGCCGGCUGGCCUCGGCCGGGCAUGGGCGCCUGGAGGAAUUUGCUGGUCGCGGUGGCCAUCCUGUACGGGCUGGCCUUCCUCACCCUCCCGAUAGCCUACCUGCGACUCACUGGCGGCUCCCCGACCAGCCUCGGGGCCCGAACGGAGCCUGGGGUCGCGGGGGGUAGGGCCUCCCUGUCUCGACGCCUGGCCCUGCAGACCCUCGAGUGGCCCGAGACGGGGCUCGCCCAGCGCCGCCAAGGGUCCGAGAAGGCCGCUCAGCCCCGGGUGGAGUUUAGGGACGCAGGCGACGCAGCGGCCCAGCUCCCGGACGAGGCGCUCGCCGGCCGCGCAGCUGGCGAGCGCGCCCCCGAGCUGGACAGCGACGCCGCACCGCGGCUGCCGGCCUGGUGCCCGCGUGGGGCGGUGCGCGUCUUCAUCGGCGUGACCAGCCGCUGCUGCAGCCCCGAGAGCCAGGCCAAGCGCGCGGCCAUCCGCGCCACCUGGGCCGCCGACGCCCGGCGGCUGCAUCCCGGCGUGGCGGUGCGCUUCCUGCUGGCGCAGCCCGCCGACCCCGCCGAGGCGGCGGCGGGGCUGGCCCUGUUGGCCGACGAGGUCUCGGCCCACGGCGACGUGGUGGUUGUGCCCGGGCGCGAGCGCUACCGCGAGCUGCCCAACAAGACGCUGCGCCUGCUGCGCUACGCGCUGGCCUCGCCCUGCAACUUCACCCACGUGGUGAAGACCGACGAGGACGUGUACCUGCGCCCCCAGGCCCUGCUGGACGUCAUCGCCACAGGCGCGCACGACUUCUCGGUGGCCAUCGACGCCCCCCCCGACGCCGCGGCCCGCUUCGACGGCGUGGCCGGCCUCCCGCGCGCGGCGCCCUGGCUGACAGGCAUGUACGUGGGCCAGCUGGACUCCAACAAGUCCGGGGUCUGGCCUGGCUGGGCCCCCCUGCGCGACCCCGCCAACAAGUGGUACCUGGCGGAGGCCGACCUGAGCGACGCGCAGGCCGCGCCGCUGCUGGGCGUGCGCUGGGCCUCGGGCUGGGGCUACGCGCUCUCCCGCGACCUGGUGCACGUCGUGGACAUCAUGGUGGCGGCGCUGCUGCGCGGCAGCGGCGCGCGCGUGCACCACCACGACGGCUUCAAGGCCGCCUGGAACGACUGCGGCCCGGGGACGGUGCUCAAGCAUCUGGACAACGAUGCGCCGCUGCUGCAGGCGGGCCUGCACGCCCAGGAGGCCAGCGGCCUCUGGGCGCGGCGCGGCGUGACCUGUGCCACGGGCGACUUCACGCCCAACGACUACGACGGCUGGCGCGCCUGGCGCAACUCCCUGCCGGACAACCAGCUGAAUGGGUUCAUGUAG